AUGCCUGUGGAUGUCCUCCGUCUGAUCCUCAAAGACUUCAGCCUGAAGGAGCGCCUGCGCCUCGAGAUUUUGGACAAGAGCCACAGGGAUGCGCUGCGGGAUCCGGAGCUUUGGCAUGCGAUAAAGCUAGGAGCUGUGGACGCGCAAACUUGCACGGAGGACCAGCUUCUGUCUCUGCUGAUCAGGCUGGAGCCACGCAUGCAGAGAGGCGCAGCUCGGAUACGGCGCAUGGCGGAGAGCCUGAGUGACGUCACCGAGGCUUUUAUGAAGCACAGGAUGGCCAAGUUACUCGCGGUGGAACAGCUGAAGCGGAAAACACGGGCGUCGUUCUGUAGGGAGGCCAUCUUCUUGCAGCUGAUGUCCCUGCGGUACCUGCACACCGCAGUGCCUGAGUCGUGGACUCCUGUGAGGUUCUUCCUGGAGACAUGCACGCUCUGGGUGGAAGACCAGCUGCAGCGGAUUCCGCUGGCUGUCCGCUCCGUCUGCAACUUCCUGCGGAACGUACGCAGCAGCGCAUCUGCCACCUUCGUGAGGAGCGGAACGAGCAGUCCGACGGAAAGGCCUGAACGACAGAGGUCAGCCAAGAGAGAGCUCCUUCUCAACGUCUCUGGAGCGGUCCAGUUGUCCCCAAACUUUGUGGCGGCCUGCGCGAUCGCCCUCUCCGCAGCAGGGUUCCAAGUGACUGUCAGAAUGGUCGGGGAUGGUGACCCCGGUUUCCUGACGAACAACCCGGUGUUAGAUGUGAUUCGGAGUCUGGCGCUCGAUUGUGCAUUUCUUGUGAAUCUCAAGGUGUCCGGUACGUACCCCUGGAAACCGGAAUGUCUGGCGCCAUUCAACCCGUGGGGACCAGCGCAAGAACCGUUUGGCGCAUCUGAGGCGAUCGAGACGAAACUAGAGCGCGUCGCUGCUUCAGUCGCUCCUCACUUUGAUGGCUCGAAAGCAGCUUUCCAAAGAUUCUUGAGAAAGGUUGCUUCAGUCGUCGAACAAAGAGCGGAGAUAGCAGCAGUACCGGGCGGUGGAGAGUCGCAAACUAGAGGCGCGACGGCGGAGGUUUACAGUUACACCGUCAUCCUCGAGCACCUCGUUACUCAUCUUGAGGAACCUCUCCUCGAGGAGCUCGGGAGAUUUCUCCGAGACGCGCCGUCCGCUCACCGCGUGGUCGUUCGGAAUUGCAUGCUGAGCCGCUCGGAACUCCGCUCACUUUCCGCUGUGCUUGGCGAGGGCGACGCCGGAACCGUCACCUUCCAGCAUCUCGGCCACGACUUCUCCCGCAACAAUGGCAUGGCGCGGCCCAUCCUCACCUGCGCAGAGCUGCAGGCUAGCCAGGACUUGCAAGCGCUUGCGCUCGACUUUCCGCUGACUUUGGCGGACCUCGAUUCCGUCGCUCUGUUUCUGGAGCGGAACGCCGACGCCCGCGUCGUCAUCCAUCUGCGGCCGGCCUUUUAUGCGCAGAGCGCGGCCGCGGCGCGGCAGCUGUUCGCCAAAGUCAGUGAGCUGUGUGCGUCAGGGCGGGGUCGGGUGGUCCUUGCGCUGUACCCGGGCGCCGGCGUGGUUCCGAGCGGAACGAAUCGCGAGAGAGCGGCGGAACAGGGGAGAAAGGCAGCUUAUUACCGCGGGGGGUGCCUCGGGGACGCGUUCCUGACAUCCCUGCAGCAGGAAAUCCAGUCACCGUUCCGGUUCGAGGAGGCGCUCCGAGCCGCGGACCGCGUGAUUUGGGGCAUCUGCGUCGCUGACGUCAUCUUUGGCCUUGUGCUUUCCCUGGACUCCGCCUUCUUUGGGGUCAGACUGUUCGGGUUCGCUUCUGAGCUGGGCAUCCCGAUUACGGUCCAGGUGUUCGUCGCCGCACUAUCCGGGUGGCCCUCCCUCCGCGCGGCAAUCCAGGGCGAGCGAGACCCAAUCGACAUGGGGAUUGUCGUUUUCUCCGUCGGCCUCUUCCCCUUUCUGCCCUUCGGCGCGACGUGGCGCGUGCUGUACUUUUACCUGUGCGCGUGCCUCGCUUGGACCGUUCUCAAAUGGACCGGGAAGAUUGCUGUGGGGUGCUUUCACUGGGUAUGGCCCAAGAUCGAGGCGAGAGGUAAAAGCAAGAGCAGUAAGUGUGUCAACCAAUAA